CUCACCAUAGGCCACACUGCCGAUCCAGCCCAAGUCGCAGGGAGCACACAACGAGUUUAAGGACCAUGUCCGAUAGCAGUGUGAUAUCAAAUGCUAAAGAGCUUCAGGAUGCGAUUUCCGGUGCAAAGGAAAAGCUGCUUGCCCUGUACUUCCAUGCGAGCUGGUCGCCUCAGUGUAAGCAGGUGGAUGACUUAUUGCCCGACCUUGUCAAAGACGAAGAUCUAAAGCGGACAAGCUUCUGCAAGGUCGAUGCUGAUCAAGUAAAAGACGUGAGCCUGAAGUAUAAAGUCACCUCAGUACCAACGUUCGUCAUCCUUCUGAAUGGACAGGCUGUUGACAGAGUAGAAGGCUUGAAUGUAAUGGAACUUGUGCGCAAGUUGAAGACGCUACAAUCUCGGGUGGACAUGCCACCACUUGUGGCUGGUGAGAAGCGGGAGCUUAUGCAGAGGCUGCAGGCCAUCACGGCACAGGCUCCUUGUGUGCUCUUCAUGGAGGGGAACGCAAAUGCACCUGCUGAAGGUGACAGUUCACAUGCUGUAGCUUUGCUGAAGAAAGCUGGCCUUGAGUUCCAACAUUUUGAUGUGACUACAGACUCAGCAUUGCAGCAGCAGCUCAUUGAGCAUGUGGCAGACAAGGCAGCUUGCAAUUACCCGCUGUUGUUUGUCAGUGGGGAGCUUGUUGGUGGUAUUGAUAAAAUAAGAAAUCUGGAUGAACAAGGACUGCUGGCCCACUUGAGUGCCCCGGGAAACCUGACACUGAGAUUGCAGAAGCUCAUCAAUAAGGCACCCGUGAUGGUCUUCAUGAAAGGCUCACCUGACGCACCUCGAUGUGGUUUCAGCCGAACUUUGAUGGAGAUGUUCAAGAAACACAAAGUCACCUUUGACAGCUUUGACAUUCUGACAGAUGAAGAUGUGCGACAGGGUCUCAAGCAGUACUCCAACUGGCCAACAUACCCACAGGUGUAUGUCAAGGGAACACUUAUUGGUGGCCUCGACAUAAUCAAGGAACUGGAAGAGAGUGGCGAGCUUGCAGCUGCUCUAAAUCCAUGACUACGCAACACCUCGUGCUCUUUCACGUGAAUAAACUACAUUUGUGCUUA